CCCGGAAGCUCUGUCCCUGAUGGGCACAUGGUUUGGGGUCUACAAUGAUAGAAAGGCUGCGGUGAGACUUUGAGGGACGUUAGCGAAUCACGUUUGAGUCUCUAAGCGGUCUUCCCCCUCCCUGGAGUUCGGAAUGCUUUACUUGAUCGGCUUGGGCCUGGGAGAUGCCAAGGACAUCACAGUCAAGGGCCUGGAAGUUGUGAGACGAUGCAGUCGCGUGUAUCUGGAAGCCUACACCUCAGUCCUGACUGUAGGGAAGGAAGCCCUGGAAGAGUUUUAUGGAAGAAAAUUGAUUCUUGCUGACAGAGAAGAAGUAGAACAAGAAGCAGAUAAUAUUUUUAAGGAUGCAGAUGUCACUGAUGUUGCAUUCCUUGUGGUUGGUGAUCCAUUUGGGGCUACAACACACAGUGAUCUCAUUCUGAGAGCAACAAAGUUGGGCAUCCCGUAUCAAGUUAUUCACAAUGCCUCCAUAAUGAACGCUGUAGGCUGCUGCGGUUUACAGUUGUACAAGUUUGGAGAAACAGUUUCUAUUGUAUUUUGGACGGACACUUGGAGGCCAGAGAGCUUCUUUGACAAGGUGAAGAAGAACCGAGAAAACGGCAUGCACACAUUGUGCUUACUUGAUAUCAAAGUGAAGGAGCAGUCUCUGGAGAACCUCGUCAGAGGAAGAAAGAUCUACGAACCCCCUCGGUACAUGAGUGUGAACCAGGCGGCCCAGCAGCUUCUAGAAAUUGUUCAAAAUCAGAGAGCACGCGGAGAAGAACCAGCAAUCACUGAGGAGACACUCUGUGUCGGCUUAGCCAGAGUUGGAGCUGAAGACCAGAAAAUUGCAGCAGGCACGUUACAGCAGAUGUGCACAGUGAGCUUGGGAGAACCAUUGCAUUCUUUGGUCAUCACAGGGGGCAACUUGCAUCCACUGGAGAUGGAGAUGCUAACUCUUUUCUCUAUACCGGAAUCCCAAAGUACUGAUGGACUCUGAACAUGGGUGAGAUUGGGGGAUGCGGUAUUUAUAUGACGGAUGGCAUGGCUCUGUCAUUUAUGAAGAAAAAAAUAACACAAGUGACCAAGAAGAAGCAGGCUGAGCGACAGCGUCUGAUUCCUGCGGCAGCUUCCCCCACCACCGUGAGCUGCUGUUGCUGCCUCGGGUGGCUGCUUGUCAGGGCGCGCGCGCGUGCACACACACACACACACACACACACACACACACACACACACACACGGGCAGACCAAGCAGGAAAAGUGAGCCGAGUCGGUGCAACGCGGUUGGGACCAAGAAUGACGUAAGGAAAUUGGAGAGGUUUUUCAGGGACAAGGCAUCAUGACUCAGCAAGAAAAGCAAAUAAAAGAUUACUAAUCUUCA